AUGUGUAUCUUUAUCCAAGUAAAAAUUCACCUGUCUAAGUGUGGCCCCGAGGAGUGCCUCCUGCAGCUCCCCUCCGGCGAAGCAGCAGACGAAGGGCGCCCUGAGGCGUUCCUCGCUCGAGCCCAAGUGGGCCCGGCUCCUGCCUCUACGUGCCCCGGGCGUGGCGGGUGGUCUGAGCCCUUGCGAUAUUUGCUUGUGGUGAUCAUUAUCGUAAUUAUCGCUGUUGUUGUUUUUAUUGUUAUAGCAUUAUGGCAGUGGCAGGUGCGGGCGGAGGGAGACACGACCUUCCUCUGGCUCGCUUGGCAGGACGACCUCGUGCUCCGUGAUGACGUCAUCGCUGCUCUCUUCCCGCUGGAUGACGACGACCAAGGCGGGGGGGGCGAGGGGGUCCAGGCCAGGGGGGGCGGUCUGCGGGGGGGAGGACGGACGCCAAGGAAGGAACCCCCACAGAUCCUGCGACGCUGUGGGAGAUCCUGCCCACAGACCCCCUCCCCCCCCCUGGUCCUGUGGGGGGAGCAGGACCCCCUCCCCCACCUCCUUGGCCAGUACCUCCUCCCGGACCUCCACCUCAGCUUCGACGCCUUCUUCCGGCGCUUCCGGAUCGACCGCCUGCUUCUGCCUGACCUCGUCGACUGCCCGCCCGAGUGCCAGUCCCUCGCCGCGUCCAUCUUCAACCUUCUGGACGCAAGCGCAGAUGGUCUCCUGAAUCAGCUGGACGCCACCUACCUGACCCGGGCCGGCGUUAGGUCACUCACGCUGCAACUGGAUGAACUUUUGGAUGAGUUGAGGGACAUGGGGACAGAGCAAUGGGUGCACGUGGUUCAGGUAAAGGUCGUCACUGCGGGUGUGUCUGUUUUAUUUGUGUUUGUUAUUAGCAGUGUUGAUUAUAUUUCUCUGGUUAUGAUUUGUUGACAAUAUUUCUGGUUAUUAUGACCAACUCCCAUUGUGAUAUUAAU